AUGGCCAGCAUAUCCGAGUUGAAGCAUGAUGGGAUUGGGAGUCCAAUAGACCUGAGAAUCAUUCGGAAAUGGAGGCAUGAUGUGCGUCUGCAUGAGACCUGGUUUGUUGGCGUUGAUAGAUUCGGAGAUGCGAUACAGAUCCUAAGACAACGGACAAGUCAAGAUUACAUAGAAUCGGUGUUGAAUGUGUCAAAUUGUUAUACCAUCUCAGAUUACAGCUGUCCCGAAUUAGACAAAUAUCAAAAGGUGUUGGAAAAUGAUUUCUAUAUUGAUGUUGGUCUCAGUUCCGUCAUAAAACCAAUUCCAAAUACAAUAACCAUCCCAACGACUUCGUUUCGUUUUGUCUCUAAACCACAACUACUAGAACUUGGAGAACACCCACCAUACUAUCCAGAUUUUAUUGGGAUGCUAUCGAAGAUAAGAGACUGCACAAAACAUGAUGGACAACCCUACGUUCUUAUCAUUCUCACUGAUAGCAGUGGUGAUGAAAUCCCAAUUAAUCUGUGGAAGGAAUGCAUUACGAACCCGACAAAAUUCAAUCGCAGCCUACUUGCCCCACCACCUGCAAUGACAGUAGUAGCAGUCACGAAUUUAAAACCGUCUGUUUCUGCAGCUCAGGCACAAUUCACUAUAUAUAAGAUAGACACACUAUCAUACAUGGUACAGUGGUCCAAAUUGUCCAUCAUCAAAACCUUCAGGGAUACCAGCAACCUUGAAAGAUAUCAGACAAAAAAAAAAUUGGACAUGCUGGACAAAACCUUUUUAGUAAGAGCAUCUAUUGCAGAGUUUGUGUUCCAGGACAACUGGUACCAAAUGACAUGCCCAACCUGCAGAGAUCCAAUAUUCAAAAGAGGUCCAGAAUGGUACUGCAGCGCACAUUCCAAGAUAGAAAAACCCUUACUAACGCACAAGUUCAGUGUUACAAUAACCGAUUCCACAGGCACAAUUCCAGCAAUCAUAUCCGACACGUCAUUUCGGAAACUGCUAAAGACGGCUUUCGAAGAUAUACUAUCUGAUAAUACAUCUAUCAGCAAGAAGAGCCUGCCACAGGUAAUUACUCAGCACAAAGGAGAAAUAAAAACAAUGUCCAUCCAAAUGCUAAGAACAUCCAGUGAGGAAAAUCUGCGAUUCAUCAUAAUCGACAUAGAGAUGCCAACGACACUUGCACAUCCAUCGGUACCUGUGACUCCAUCACAGCCACCGGUGACAAGGUCCAAAAUCCAACACAACCCAUCCAUAUCGAAGAUAACCACAGGACAAGCCGCAAGGACCCUAACAUUCAACACGGAUGAUGAACCGGCACCUUCAUGGGAUAUGAAACGAACCCGAAAGAAAUAA